AUGCAAUCCACGACGGAGCGAGGAGAGGUGCCAGAAGGAGAGCGUGUUAUACCAGGAGACUAUCUCGGGGACGGCUCCCGGUUCUUUCAGGGCCGGGGGACGUACGAAAUGGGCGGUCGGAUCUACUCUGAACUGGUCGGGGAAGUGAGAAUCGAAGAGCAUGAGAAAACGACAAGUAGAAGCGAUUCAGGGAAAACUGAAAGCGGUUCUAAACCGAGUCGUGUGAUAUCCGUGGUAGGGAAGUACUCUCUGAGUGCAGUACCAAGUGUGGGAUCAAUCGUCAUGACCAGGGUACUGAACAUCUCAGAACGGCAGGCCAAAGUGAUGAUAAUUAGUGUGGGGACGACCCUGCUUCAGGAGCCACUCAGCGGAGUCAUUCGCAGGGAGGACGUACGCUCCGUUGAAAAAGACACCGUUGAUGUCUUCUCAUCGUUUCGUCCGGGGGACAUAAUCCGUGCUAGAGUUGUCUCCCUUGGCGAGAGUCACUCUCACUAUGGUCUAGCCACUGACAGAAACGAGCUUGGAGUGAUUAUGGCCACUAGCGAGGGGGGCCACCCCAUGGGUCCCGUAAGCUGGACAGAGAUGCAGUGUUCCAAAACCGGGAUCCGAGAGGCAAGAAAAGUCGCGAAAGUGAAAAAUGCAGUACCCCUGAAAUCCAACUAG